AUCAUUGACAAACGGGCGCACGAUCCAACUGAUGAGAUUUCUAUCCUGACCCGAUUCAGUCAUUUGAAAAAUGUGGUCACGUUGGUCGCGGUCUACGACUCGGAUUCUUUUGUGUACAUGGUGACCGAGUAUUUGGGUGGUGGAGAGCUUUUGGAUCGAGUGAUGCGCAAGCGUGGUCUGUCGGAAUUCGAAGCGAGUCGCGUGGUCGAAGUGAUUGCUGGAACACUGGCUGAACUGCACAAAAAUCGGGUCUCUUUAGAAUUCUCCUUUUUCUACACCUAUAGUAUUGAACUUCUUCCCGGUCCCGGAACCCAGUUCUCUCUUGCUCUUGGUCCGUUUUUCCAGAGCGACAGAAAUAAGCGCUUCUCUUUUUGUUCCCAUCAUUACUACUCCCUGUAUCAUAUCGAUCCAUAG